CAUGAUUGGUACUUUUAUGGAUCAGAGUUUGCAUACUUCUUUUUUUCUAAUCUAAACUUUUUAUUAAUCACUUUUGGAAAUUGCUUGUUAAUUGCUUGUUUUGCUUUUCAGCUGAAAACUCUGAAAUCUUUGGAACAAUACGUUUCAUAGCAUCAGAUGCUUAUUUUCAAAAAAACAUUUCCAGCUUGUCUAGAGAAGUAAGCAAAGUUCCCAGGAUCAAAAAGGCAUUGGAAAACUUUAACUUUACAAAUUACUGGAUGUUUUUAAAUAAUUUUUCUGGAAGGCCAGAAGGUAGCUGAAAAUUGGCGUUGUCUGAACCUACAUCUGGUUUAUAAGGGCUUAUCACAAUGGCAACUGGCCUAGCCAAUGUAGGAAGCUCUUUUGGAGGUCCAUCUAAUUCUCUGGUGUCUAGAUCUAAGUUCCAGAGUACCUCCGUAGAAGAUGAUGAUGAUGUUGUGUUUGUUGAACCUGUACAACCUCCACAAAUCUCUACACCAUUAAUAACAGAACACAGAAAUGUUUUUAAUUCAUCCAGUAAUGAAGAGCAACAUGGAAAUGACCCUAAAAUAUCAGCUUCGUCAAAAGACACGAGUGCUCAGAAGGGAAGUAUAACUGAGACUAUUAUUAUUGAUGAUGAAGAAGACAUUGAAACAAAUCAGGGACAAGAGAGAAAUGAUUCCAGUUUCAAUGAAAGAAGAUUUCCAGAGGGUAAAAACAGAACCAAUGAAAUGGAAUUCUCAACAUCCAGUUUUUCAAGAAGUAAGGUAAAUGCAGGAAUAGGUAAUAGUGGUAUAACCACAGAACCAGACUCUGAAAUUCAAAUAGCUAAUGUUACUACAUUAGAAAGAGGUAUGAGCUCUGUGAGUGUUGGCCGUUUAGAAAAUACUGAAGGGCGUGACAUGAACUUAAUGAUAACACAUGUAACAUCACUACAGAAUACCAACUUGGGAGAUGUAUCUAACGGACUGCAGUCAAGUAAUUUUGGUGUUAAUAUACAAACAUACACCCCAUCUUUAACUUCACAGACCAAGACUGGUGUAGGACCUUUCAAUCCCGGUAGAAUGAACGUAGCUGGUGAUGUCUUUCAGAAUGGAGAAUCUGCAACUCAUCAUAAUCCAGAUUCCUGGAUAUCUCAGUCAGCUUCAUUUCCAAGGAAUCAGAAGCAACCAGGUGUAGAUUCCCUGUCUCCUGUGGCAUCUCUUCCCAAACAAGUCUUCCAACCACCUGCACAACAACAACAACCUUCAAAGCAGGUUAAAGUUACAUGCGCUAACUGCAAAAAGCCUUUGCAGAAGGGCCAGACUGCGUAUCAGCGGAAAGGAUCUGUUCAUCUUUUUUGUUCUACUACUUGCCUUUCAUCAUUUUCACAUAAACCAGCUCCAAAGAAACUCUGUGUUAUGUGUAAAAAAGACAUAACAACAAUGAAAGGAACUAUUGUUGCUCAGGUUGAUUCAAGCGAAUCUUUCCAGGAGUUUUGCAGUACAUCAUGUCUGUCUUUCUAUGAAGACAAACAGAAUCCCUCAAAAGGAAUCUUAAAUAAAUCAAGAUGCACUAUCUGUGGCAAACUAACUGAGAUACGCCAUGAAGUUAGCUUUAAAAACAUGACUCAUAAGUUGUGUAGUGAUCACUGCUUCAAUCGAUACCGAAUGGCAAAUGGUUUAAUCAUGAAUUGUUGUGAGCAUUGUGGAGAAUACCUUCCAAGUAAAGGUGCAGCAAACAAUAUUCUUAUGGUUGAUGGAGAGCCGAAAAGAUUCUGUUGCCAAAGCUGUGUUAGUGAAUAUAAACAGAAAUAUGGCAAAUUAACUACUUGUACUGGUUGCACAACUCAGUGCAGGUUUUUUGACAUGACACAGUGCAUAGGAACUAAUGGACAUAUGGAGCCAUACUGCUCAACCACAUGCAUGAACACACACAAAUCAAAAUAUGCAAAAUCACAAAGUUUGGGAAUUGUUUGCCAAUUUUGUAAGCGAAACUCUUUACCUCAGUAUCAAGCCACAAUGCCUGAUGGAAUACUGUACAACUUUUGCAGUUCCAGUUGUGUAGCUAAAUUUCAGACUCUUAAUGUACCUUCUUCAACCAAUGGCCAGUUUGUGGCUCCAAGUGAUAUUCAGUUGAAAUGCAAUUAUUGUAAAAAUACUUUCUGUUCAAAACCUGAAGUACUGGAAUGGGAAAACAAAGUGUACCAGUUUUGCAGUAAAAUUUGUUCCGAUGACUAUAAGAAGCUGCAUUGUAUAGUAACGUACUGUGAAUACUGUCAAGAGGAGAAGACUUUGCAUGAAACGGUAAAAUUUUCUGGUAUCAAGAGACCAUUCUGUAGUGAAGGUUGCAAGCUGCUCUAUAAACAAGAUUUUGCAAGGCGGUUAGGAUUACGCUGUGUUACUUGCAAUUUUUGUUCUCAACUCUGUAAAAAGGGAGCAUCAAAGGAACUUGAUGGAGUAGUAAGAGAUUUCUGUAGUGAAGAGUGUUGCAGAAAAUUUCAAGAUUGGUACUAUAAGGCUGCAAGAUGCGACUGCUGUAAAAGUCAAGGAACUCUUAAAGAGAAAGUACAGUGGAGAGGGGAAAUAAAGCACUUUUGUGAUCAGCAUUGCCUUCUGCGUUUCUACUGUCAACAAAAUGAACCGAAUAUGGCAACACAAAAAGGACCAGAAAACUUUCAUUAUGAUCAAAGCUGCCAAACUCCCCGAACAAAAAACACAGGAUCAGCCCCACCUCCUUCCCCUACACCAAAUAAAGAAAUGAAGAACAAAGCAGUUCUCUGCAAACCGCUAACGAUGACAAAAGCUACCUUCUGUAAACCCCACAUGCAAACAAAAUCUUGUCAGACAGAUGAUGACUGGAAGAAAGAAUAUGUCCCCGUGCCUGUUCCUGUACCUGUAUAUGUACCUGCUCCUAUGCAUAUGUAUAGUCAAACUGUUCCUGUUCCUACAACGGUUCCUGUUCCAGUCCCGGUUCCAAUUUUUCUGCCUACUACGCUGGAUAGCAGUGAGAAGAUACUUGAAGCAAUAGUAGAACUAAAAAAUAAAAUUCCCCCCAGUCCUGAAGAGACUUUGGAUUCAUUGAAUGUAACAGAAGAUAUUUCUGGGGAAAAAGAGCAUGUAGAACCUGCAGAGAUGCAAAAUGUAAUAAUUGAGACAGAAUUGCUUAAUUCUGUGACAGAAACACAGACAAGUUUGCCUGAUGUCCCAUAUGAGCCAGACCUUGAUAUCGAGGUUGAUUUUCCUAGAGCAACAGAAGAACUUGACACAGAGAAUGAAUUUUUGCUACCACCUGUAUUUGGAGAAGAAUACGAGGAACAGCCAAGACCUCGAAGUAAAAAGAAGGGACUAAAGAGAAAAGCAGUGUCAGAAUACCAUUCUCAAGAUGAUGGCUCUGAGAACUCAGAGUGCAGUUUUCCUUUCAAGUAUGCGUAUGGUGUAAAUGCAUGGAAACACUGGGUAAAAACUAGGAACCUAGAGGAAGAUCUGUUGGUACUAGAUGAGCUAAAAUCAACAAAGUCAGUAAAAUUGAAAGAAGAUAUUAUAUCACAUACUUCUACUGAGCUAAAUUUUGGGCUGGCACACUUUGUAAAUGAAGUCCGAAGACCAAACGGAGAAAACUAUGCACCUGACAGUAUCUAUUAUUUGUGUCUUGGGAUUCAGGAAUACCUGAAUGGAAGCAAUCGAGAAGAUAAUAUCUUUUUGGAUACUAAUUAUCAUACAUUUAUGCAGGAAAUAAAUAAAAUACUCAGAAGCUGGCAGCCCAGCAUACUUCCAGAUGGUUCGAUAUUUUCUCGAGUUGAGGAGGACUAUCUCUGGAAUAUUAAACAGCUGGGAUCCCAUUCUCCAGCUGCUCUUCUAAAUACACUAUUCUACUUCAACACGAAGUAUUUUGGUCUGAAAACAGUGGAGCAGCACUUAAGACUUUCCUUUGGCACUGUUUAUAGGCAUUGGAAGAAGAAUCCUCUAACGAUGGAAAGCAAAGCUUGUCUUCGAUAUCAGGUUUCCUCGCUGUGCGGAACAGAUAAUGAAGAAGAUAAAAUUACUACUGGAAAAAGGAAACAUGAAGACGAUGAGCCAGUAUUUGAACAGAUGGAAAACAUCGCAGAUCCUUCUAGGUGUCCUGUGAAAAUGUUUGAAUGCUAUUUAUCUAGGAGCCCGUCAAAUCUCACUCAGAGAAUGGACGUGUUCUAUUUGCAGCCAGCUUGCCCAGUAACUUCGGAGAGUCCCAUUUGGUACACUUCCACUUCAGUGGACCGCAAUACUUUGGAAAAUAUGCUUGUACGGGUUCUUUUAGUAAAAGAUAUUUAUGAUAAAGACAAUUACGAACUGGAUGAAGAUAUAGAUUAAACACUUCCCAAAUUCAAGGAAACACAACAGCAUUAGCUAGUCAAGCUGCUAGAUUUUUAUUAUGGAAAAAAAAAACAUUU